CAUCAAUUUUACGGCUCAACUCACACUCAUAACUUUUCUUCUUCCUCCAUUUCAUUCACUCGUUAUCCUUCACAAAGCCCAACCCACCACCUACCUUCUACUUCUUCCUCAUAUCUUUAACAAUCAGGUCAAUUUUUCAGAUUGUUUUUCUUCUCCAUUUUGAGCGCCAUGGAUCUCAAUAUCUAUGGCCGCUCCAUCUUCUUCAUCUAUCUAAUCCUUCUUUCUUCCACCACCGCUUCCAUUGCCGCCGCAUUGCCCCACUCAUCUGGCCAAAUCAACUCCAACUCGGUUCUUGUUGCUCUUCUCGACUCGCAUUACACUGAGUUAGCUGAACUCGUAGAAAAAGCGCUUCUCUUACAUACUCUUGAAGAAGCUGUGGGCAAACACAAUAUUACCGUUUUUGCCCCGAGAAAUGAAGCCUUGGAGCGCGACCUCGACCCGGAGUUCAAACGGUUUUUACUGGAACCCGGUAAUCUCAAGUCGCUUCAAACCCUCUUGAUGUUCCACAUUCUUCCCAAACGUAUCGGAUCCUCCGAGUGGCCCGACGAGAGAAAACCCGGGUCAACCAAGCACAGCACGCUCGGCAACGAUUUCGUCCACUUAACCAGCAAGAGCUCGGGGAAAAAAGUGAUUGGUUCGGCCGAGAUUGUCCGACCUGAUGACGUGAUCCGACCCGAUGGAAUAAUCCACGGAAUCGAACGGCUGUUAAUCCCUCGAUCUGUCCAAGAAGACUUCAACCGCCGUCGUAGUCUCCAAUCAAUCGCCGCCGUGCUUCCACAGGGCGCCCCGGAGGUCGACCCGAGGACUCACAGGCUGAAAAAGGCAGCUCCGGUUCCAGCAGGGGCCCCACCGGUACUUCCCAUCUACGACGCGAUGGCUCCGGGCCCAUCGCUAGCACCCGCACCAGCUCCGGGGCCGGGUGGGCCACACGGGCAUUUUAACGGCGAGAAGCAAGUGAAGGACUUUAUCCACACGCUGUUGCAUUACGGCGGUUAUAACGAAAUGGCGGAUAUUCUGGUAAACUUAACGUCGUUAGCGACGGAAAUGGGACGGCUGGUUUCCGAGGGUUAUGUCCUAACGGUUCUCGCGCCGAAUGAUGAAGCAAUGGCUAAACUGACGACCGAUCAGCUGAGCGAACCGGGCGCGCCAGAACAGAUUAUUUACUACCAUAUAAUCCCGGAGUACCAAACAGAAGAGAGUAUGUAUAACGCCGUUAGAAGAUUCGGGAAAGUUAAGUACGAUACAUUAAGGUUACCGCACAAAGUAACGGCGCAAGAGGCGGAUGGAUCCGUCAAAUUUGGGUCGGAUGAUGGAUCGGCUUAUUUAUUUGACCCGGAUAUUUAUACGGACGGGCGUAUUUCUGUGCAGGGAGUUGAUGGGGUUUUGUUCCCAGAAGAGGAAACUCCCACUUCCACGGUAAAGAAAGCUGCAAAUGUGAAGGUUGUGAGCAAGCCAAGAAGAGGGAAAUUAAUGGAAAUAACCUGUAGAAUGCUUGGAGCUGUUGGGCAGGAUUCCCAUUUCUCUACUUGUCAAUAAUCAAAUUUGCCCAAAUUUAGUUGCAGGAAGAUUUGUGUAAACAAGGAGGCUGCAAGAUUGAUGUUGCUUUGUUAUAAAUACUGUAAUUACCUUUCAUUUUUUAAUUUUUUUUCCUUUUUUAUCUAUCUUCUUGUUGUAAUGGAAGAAUCACUUGCAAAAAAAAACUGCCUUUGUUUUGUAUCAAUUGCUUGUGAAUCCAAAUUUACACCUUCCUUUGUC